GCAGGCAGUACCGGCGGUCACGUGAUACACUCAGCUUCCGGUGUCGUCCUUGUUACCAUGGUGUCUUUGUUUGAAGUUUUGUGUCUUGUCAUCGUGGCUGUGUUGUGGGGAGGGACAAACCCGUUUCUGAAGAAAGGGGCAGAAGGAAUCGAAGAAGUGAAGAAAGGGAGUGUGGUCUUGCAGUUUCUUGCAGAAAUCCGAUUUCUUUUCCUCAACUAUAAAUAUUUGGUGCCAUUUCUUUUAAAUCAAAGUGGAUCAGUCAUUUACUAUCUGACACUGGCCUCUACAGACUUGUCUUUAGCUGUGCCUGUAUCCAACUCCCUCACAUUCCUGUUUACGCUGUUAACAGGAAAGCUCUUGGGUGAAGAAAUUGGUGGGAAACGGGUUGUGUUUGGGAUGUUCCUCACUAUGCUUGGCGUUACACUCUGUGUGGCCAGCUCUGUUGGGGAGAACAGCUAAAAUGGAUAACUUGUAUAUCCAAAUAUGAAAAGGGAGCGAAAUACUGAAAAAGAAAAGCAGUCACACGGACUGCCCAGGUCUACACAGUGCCCUGAUACUACAGACCAUGCCCUGGCUGUAGGAACUGAUGCAGGUUCUCUGAGAAGCCAGCAACACCUGGGUCCAAGGUGUGCUCCAAACACGUCCUGGUUCCAUACCAAGGAAUCUUGAACAACUCGAUUCUGAAGACCUGUACAUGCUGUGCUUGUCUAGUUCUGUGCAAGCUGCAGCAGACACUAUAAAAUGAGGUCUUCGGACAAGGGUGUUCAGAUUUACAAUUAAAGGGCAAAAACAAGGAACAUGAAGUUAACAGAUCCUUCAAAAUCAUUCAAGAAACACACACUACAUUUAUAUAAAGUUAGAUUUUUAUUGAAACCAAAUAGACUUAUUAAAGUAAUUUGUAAGCACUGUUUAACAUACAAUUCCAGAUAGUAAACUGUUUGUCUCUUGCAAAAAAAAUCUGUAAAUAUUGAAAGUUAUGUAUGCCAUAUAAAUAUGUAUUUCUAAAAUAAAACAAUUUUUUUUUACA